UGCUCAAUAACCUCUUCCUCCUCCUCCAACAACCACAUCUCCUCCUUACACCACCACUCUCAAUGGCUACUACAGGCUAAAUUAUUAUUAUUACUCAUUAUUAUUCUUUAACAAUAAGCAUAUUCUCUCUAGGAUUGUCCUCAAACCAUGACUACAUCUUCUUACUGUUUUUCUUCUACUAGAAACUCUAUCACACAUUCAAACUUUUUGUUCCUUAAUUCCAAUCUUUAUCUACCAAAACACAGAAAUCAUGUUGCUUUCACUCAAGAACCCAAAAAAGAUUUGAUUUUUAGCAUACCCAAAUCAUCUUUUCCGUUUUCGUACCCGAAAACCUUUCAUAAAUCCACACAACCAUCCACACAACCAUUUGCAUCUUUAUCGGAAUCGAGUCAGAAUCAAGAACAUGUCAAGGAAGAAGAAGAAGGUGAAUUGCCGGGUAUGGCGCAAGCGUUUAACAUAUCGUCAAGCACGGCUUCUGCUAUAUCUAUAUGCAUAGCCGUGGCAGCUUUGAGUUUGCCGAUUUUCAUGAAGACUUUAGCUCAAGGGGUGAGUUUGAAGAUUAAAGUGUUGUCGUAUGGGACGCUUUUAUUCGGGUUUUUUAUGGCUUGGAAUAUUGGCGCGAAUGAUGUGGCGAAUGCCAUGGGGACGUCGGUGGGGUCCGGAGCUUUGACGCUCCGGCAGGCGGUGAUAACGGCUGCGGUGUUGGAGUUUUCUGGCGCGUUGUUGAUGGGUGGGAAUGUGACUAAUACAAUGCAGAAAGGGAUUCUUGUUGCUAAUGUUUUUCAAGGGAAAGAUUCGCUGCUUUUUGCUGGUUUGUUAUCUUCUUUAGCUGCUGCUGGUACUUGGUUACAGGUUGCAUCAUACUACGGGUGGCCUGUGUCGACUACACACUGUAUUGUAGGAUCCAUGGUUGGGUUUGGGCUUGUGUAUGGCGGGCCCGGUGCAGUUUUCUGGAGCUCGUUAGCGAGGGUGACAUCAUCUUGGGUAAUAUCCCCUAUUCUGGGCGCGGUAGCAUCGUUUAUUGUAUACAAAUGCAUCCGCAGGUUUGUUUACAGUGCUCCAAACCCUGGUGAAGCGGCCGCAGCCGCUGCCCCUGUUGCGGUUUUUUUGGGCGUGACAGCGAUAAGUUUUACAGCGUUUCCAUUAAGCAACAAACUACCGAUAGCACUAGCGCAAGCGUUAGGAUGUGGCAUACUCGGUGCGUUUGUAGUCAACAAGAUCAUCCGAAAACAACUCGGUCACCUCUUAGAAAAGGCACAGGCAAAGGCAGCAAAAGCAAAAGCAACCCACCACGACGCACAUGAAGAGUCAACUCCGAAAAACAUCGGGUUCCUAUCGGAUAUCGCGGGCCCCACCGGCACCCAGCUUGAACUAGUUUACGGUGUGUUCGGUGACAUGCAGAUCCUAUCCGCCUGCUUCAUGUCAUUCGCACACGGUGGAAACGACGUGUCGAACGCAAUCGGCCCGUUAGCCGCAGCUCUUUCUAUAUUACAAGGUGGGGCCACCGGGGGCGAAAUCGUGAUUCCGCUUGACGUUCUUGCUUGGGGUGGAUUUGGAAUUGUUGCAGGGCUUAUGAUGUACGGGUACAGAGUGAUCGCGACAAUCGGGAAAAAGAUUACGGAACUGACUCCUACCAGAGGAUUCGCAGCCGAAUUUGCUGCUGCUUCGGUUGUACUCUUCGCAUCGAAACUUGGACUCCCGAUAUCCGCUACGCAUACUCUUGUCGGAGCGGUUAUGGGGGUCGGGUUUGCUAGAGGACUUAAUAGUGUGAGAGCGGAAACUGUACGGGAAAUCGUUACGUCAUGGGUGGUUACAAUUCCAGUUGGUGCAAUGCUUGCUGUGCUGUACACCUGGAUUCUUACCAAGUUCUUGCCACUUGUUUUUUGAGUAAAGAUUCAAACUUUAUCCAUUUGGAGGCUCUAAUAAACCCUAAUCGGUUUGUAUUUUCUUUUAUUCGAUAUAUGAUUUAUGAUUGCCUAAACUGAAAUCAUCGUUUCUACCGUUUCGCAUCUUUGUACUUGAGAAUUUCAUUUUCUUUUUUUGUUUAAUUCUUAUUAAUGCUUCUCUACUA